AUGGAGCAAGCGAGAUGUUGGAUGUGGGCAAGAGCAAACUACAGCAGCAGGCCUCACCUCAGCACUCAGAUCCAUAGACUCUUCUUUGGAUCUUCCUACAACCAAUCAUGGGAGGAGAAAGCCUUCGCCGAAGACGCUGCAGGCCACUUGGGAGGCUGCGUGUGGCCUCCGAGAUCUUAUUCAUGCAGCUUUUGCAGACGAGAGUUCCGGUCAGCACAAGCUCUCGGUGGGCACAUGAACGUGCACCGAAGGGAUAGAGCCAGGCUCAGGCAAUGUUCGAGCGUCGGCGGAGAAGCUGGCGAAGACCAACAGCAUCCAAAUCCUUGCUUAAUGGUGGCCAUGGCCUCAGAGCAUCCACCGCAGGUUAACCCUAACCCUAAUUCUGGCGUUCCAGCAUCAUCUGUCCCUCCUAGGGUUCCUGCUGCAGCCACCAAAGGAAAUUGGACUGAGGACGCCGUGUUCUCCCCUUCCUUCUCUUCAUCCAGAGCUGGUUCCAUGGAGCAUUCUACACCUCUCCAUCUGGUUCUCGGCCCACAGCUGAAGCUCGGGGUGGAAAACUUGGGGUCCGAGAAAGCCUGUGACGAUGAGGAGCAGAACCGUAACAAGAGAAGAAGAACUGAGACAACGCCUGUUUUCUUCAUGAAAUCCUUUUCUUGUGAUCAGCAACGAGUUCAACCUGAGGCACUAAACCAUGACACAGUUGAAGAGUUGGAUCUUGAGCUCAGGCUUGGAGAUGCUCCCAAAGUCAACUAG